UAGCCCCACCUGGUGGCCAACCCGGAAGUGCGCAGACAACAUGGCGGCCCCCGUGAGGACAGUGUGCUGCUCAGUUUUGAGGCACUGCAGCAGGCAGUUCAGCACAACAUGUGGAGCUCAAGGUGGGGAGAAAUGGAGGAAAGAACAUGGACUUGCCCGAAGUGGCACAGAAUAUGGCCCUCUGACAGAUCUGCCUGAUUGGUCAUUUGCAGAUGGGAGACCAGCACCUCCACUGAAAGGACAGCUGAGAAGAAAGCAAGAGAGGGAAGCUUUGGCAAGACGCAUCGUGAUGCUUGACUCGGAGGUGGACAAAGGAAUCGAAGCGUGGAGUGAAAAACAGAAAGAAGCCAAACGACUGGAGGAGCACAAAAAGUCUCUCUUACUCAAACCUAAAGGGAAGUUGUUAAUGAAGAACAAAUCUCAAAGUUAGAGACAUGUAAUCACCGUAGUCACGUAGCCAUAUCCUUAUUCUGAUUCAUUCAUAUAUUUAUGAGGACUUGUGGGUUUUCUUCUGCUUUACUGUUUGUUUUCACUCUUCAUGGAUUUCUGCAAUAAAUGUUCCAAUUUAUACUU